GGCGGGCCGGUGAGGGGGACCGGGCGGCGGGCGCCAGCGGCCGGAGGACGCCGGUCUGCGGGAGGUGGGGAGGCGGCUCCGCAGCGCCCAGGCAAGCAAACCAAAGAAAAAGGCUUCUUGUCCUCUGUUUCUGCUCUCGUUUGGGAUUUGAUUUGCAUCAUCUCUGAGCCCAUUUAAAAAAAAAAAAAGAAAAGGCAAACCAAACCCACACAAAACAUGUUGUGCGGAAGGACUUCCACUCCCUGGCUGUGCUAUUAACGUUAGCAAUCAGGAAGAGCCUUUGGGGGCUGCAGGAUCUCGCUAGUCUGAUGCUGCUGCUAAAGGUUUUGGUGCAGGGAGACAAAACUGCUGCCUCUUCCAUCUACUGAUCUCUUAACAUCUGCAUUUUGCUGCUGCUGUGCUCCGUCUCACACCCUCUCUCCAUGGACUGAUUUUUUUUUUUUUUUUUUCCCUUUUUGUGGGGGGAGGACAGCGGAAAAUCAAGACAUCGCAUUGAGAGGAGCGAAAUUGCAUUUAUAUCUUGUGUUCUGGUGGAUCUGUUUUGAGGUUAAUCUUUUUGGAAAAGAAAACAUGACGUCGCCAGCAAAAUUCAAAAAGGAUAAGGAGAUCAUAGCUGAAUAUGACACGCAAGUUAAAGAGAUCCGUGCCCAAUUGGUAGAGCAGCUGAAAUGCCUUGACCAACAGUGUGAGCUUCGGGUCCAGUUACUGCAGGACUUGCAGGAUUUCUUCCGCAAGAAGGCAGAGAUUGAGAUGGAUUACUCAAGGAAUUUGGAGAAGUUGGCUGAGAGAUUCCUGGCUAAAACUAGGAGCACCAAAGACCAGCAAUUCAAGAAGGAUCAGAAUGUGCUAUCACCAGUCAAUUGCUGGAAUCUCCUGCUAAAUCAAGUGAAGCGGGAGAGCAGGGAUCACACCACCCUAAGUGACAUCUAUCUCAACAACAUCAUCCCGCGCUUUGUCCAGGUCAGCGAAGAUUCGGGGCGCCUGUUCAAGAAGAGCAAGGAAGUGGGAUUGCAGCUCCAGGAAGACUUGAUGAAGGUCUUGAAUGAACUCUACACGGUUAUGAAAACCUACCAUAUGUACAACGCUGACAGCAUUAGUGCUCAGAGCAAACUGAAAGAAGCAGAGAAGCAGGAAGAAAAGCAGAUUGGGAAGUCGGUGAAACAAGAGGACAAGCAGACGCCACGUUCCCCUGACUCAACUUCCAACGUCAAGUUUGAAGAAAAACAUGUUCGAAGAAGCUCUGUCAAAAAAAUAGAGAAAAUGAAGGAGAAGCGCCAAGCGAAAUACACAGAAAAUAGACUGAAGGCUAUUAAAGCAAGAAACGAGUAUCUGCUAGCUCUGGAAGCCACCAACGCAUCUGUAUUCAAGUAUUACAUUCAUGACCUGUCUGAUCUCAUUGAUCAGUGCUGUGACCUGGGAUACCACGCUAGCCUCAACAGAGCUCUCAGGACAUUCUUGUCUGCUGAGCUAAACCUGGAGCAGUCAAAGCACGAGGGUCUGGAUGCCAUUGAGAACGCCGUGGAGAACCUGGAUGCCAACAGUGAUAAGCAGCGCCUGAUGGAGAUGUACAACAAUGUCUUCUGCCCGCCCAUGAAGUUUGAGUUUCAGCCGCAUAUGGGUGAUAUGGAGUCGCAGCUAUGUGCCCAACAACCAGUCCAGAGUGAGCUAGUGCAGAGGUGCCAGCAAUUGCAGUCUAGAUUGUCUACGCUUAAGAUUGAAAAUGAAGAGGUUAAGAAGACUAUGGAAGCUACGCUUCAGACAAUUCAGGAUAUAGUCACAAUAGAGGACUUUGAUGUCUCUGACUGCUUUCAGUACAGCAACUCUAUGGAGUCUGUUAAAUCCACUGUCUCGGAAACGUUCAUGAGCAAACCGAGCAUUGCCAAGAGACGGGCCAACCAGCAGGAGACAGAGCAGUUCUAUUUCACAAAAAUGAAGGAGUAUCUGGAAGGCAGGAACCUGAUAACGAAGCUCCAAGCCAAACACGACCUUCUUCAGAAGACCCUGGGAGAAAGUCAACGGACGGACUGCUCCCUUGCCAGCGGCAGACGCAGCUCCACCAUAAGGAAGCAGGAUUCCUCACAAGCCAUCCCCUUAGUCGUGGAGAGCUGCAUACGGUUCAUUAGCAGACAUGGUUUGCAGCAUGAAGGAAUAUUCAGAGUGUCUGGGUCACAAGUUGAAGUGAAUGACAUAAAAAAUGCGUUUGAGAGAGGGGAAGAUCCACUGGCUGGGGACCAGAAUGACCAUGACAUGGAUUCAAUAGCAGGAGUUCUGAAGCUCUAUUUUCGAGGGCUGGAGCACCCUCUCUUCCCCAAGGAUAUCUUUCAUGAUCUGAUUGCCUGUGUCACAAUGGAUAAUUUACAAGAGAGAGCACUCCACAUCCGGAAAGUGCUUCUAAACCUGCCGAAGACCACUCUGAUUGUAAUGAGAUACCUCUUUGCAUUCCUCAAUCAUUUAUCUCAGUUCAGUGAAGAGAACAUGAUGGAUCCCUACAAUUUAGCCAUCUGCUUUGGGCCAACACUGAUGUCUGUGCCUGAAGGUCACGAUCAAGUCUCUUGCCAAGCUCAUGUCAAUGAAUUGAUCAAAACCAUCAUCAUCCAACAUGAGAACAUCUUCCCAGGACCAAGGGAGCUGGAGGGUCCAGUCUAUAGCAGAGGUGGAAACACCGAGGAUUACUGCGAAAGUCCUCACGGAGAGAGAGCCUCAACAGAAGACUCUGUUCAGGACGUGACGGCUGAACACCACACCAGUGAUGAUGAGUGUGAGCCCAUAGAAGCAAUAGCGAAGUUCGACUACAUUGGCAGGACUGCACGAGAGCUGUCCUUUAAAAAAGGAGCUUCUCUCUUACUCUAUCAGCGGGCCUCAGAUGACUGGUGGGAGGGACGCCACAAUGGAAUCGAUGGCCUUAUUCCUCAUCAGUAUAUCGUCGUUCAAGACACUGAGGAUGGUAUCUCUGAAAGAUCCAGCCCGAAGUCUGAAAUAGAAAUAAAUUCUGAGCCACCGGAAGAAAAAGUGACUGCUAGAGCUGGCGCCAGCUGCCCGAGUGGGGGUCACGUCGCAGAUAUUUACCUUGCAAACAUCAACAAGCAAAGAAAGAAACCAGAGUCAGGCAGCAUCAGAAGAGCCUUCCGUCAAAGUGACAGCCAUGGACUAGGUAGUUCAAUGGCAGAACCAGCCUCCCCAGGAGCCAUAGCCGGUUCCAGACCCUCAUCUCAGCCCAUUAUGAGCCAAAGUCUUCCCAAGGAGGUUCCAGAUAAAUGCUCCAUCAGUGGCCACGGCAGCCUCAAUUCAAUCAGCCGACACUCGUCUCUGAAGAACAGGAUAGACAGCCCGCAGAUCCGGAAAACUGUGACAGCAGGGAGGUCCAAGAGCUUCAACAACCAUCGACCCAUGGACCCUGAAGUUAUUGCACAGGAUAUUGAAGCUACUAUGAACUCUGCUCUGAACGAGCUGCGGGAGCUGGAGAGGCAAAGCAGUGUAAAGCACACGCCAGAUGUUGUCCUCGACACGCUGGAGCCUUUGAAAACGUCUCCAGUGGUGGCCCCCACCUCGGAACCUUCCAGCCCUCUGCACACUCAGAUCCUCAAGGACACUGAGCCAGCUUUCCAGCGCAGCGCGAGCACAGCCGGCGACAUACCCUGCACCUUCAGACCCGUGAAAUCGGUCAAAAUGGCCACCCAGGUGAAACCUCCGGCAACUCGGCCGAAGCCGACAGUUUUCCCCAAAACAAACGCCACGAGCCCCGGCGUUGCCUCCUCUGCACCUCAGCAGCCCACUGACAAGUCCUGUACUGUCUGAUAAACCUGCUGCUGCUGCUCUGUGGAUACAACUGUAUUGUUUCAGAGGAAGAGACUCUGUUAAAGACAUUAAACUUCCUACUUAACUAAUUUUGGAACUUCUGCCGAAGGUUAGUUGUGAACUGCUGGGAGCGCUUCCUGGGAGUGAACUAAGUGGUACCAACCUCGUCCCGGGCACCCGCAUCAGUGACUUUCGUAAGGCAAAACAGCUCAUGCCACGCUUAGGAAAUCCAGUAUCAGGUCACUGUGAAGCUGAGGAGGAGAACACACAAAAAGCGAGGAGUUGGAUCUUGGUUUCUAGUUGAUGCCUUGUUCAAGUGUUUGGCCGCUGAAAGAAGUCUUUGGUGGCAUCAUGUUUUGAAUACUGGUGUAGUGGCUUCUGUAUUCUGUGUUCCAUUUAUCACAGGGAAACAAUAGGAUAGAUUUUAGUCUAUUGCAUGUUUUGGUGCCACUGUUUACGUGGAGCUUGGACAUGCCUGUUUCUUGUGCAUUAUUAUUACGUCGCCCGCUGGUGCCACGGUGGUUAAGGGUCUGUCUCGACUUCCAUCACAUCCUCCGGUUUUGUUUGUUUGCUCCCCCAUUCCUCCCCCCUGGGCCAAAGCUCUUGGCCAUCCAGCCUCAUCCUUUAGUCGGCACUUGUCAUGAAAAAUAGUUUACUCUGGAACACUCUUAGAUUUUGUGGAGUUAUACGUAAUAUGUGUCUGUGCAAAUAUAAACAAACAUGUUCCUGAGGUUUAGGAGCAUAAGAAAGAGCCCAGUUGUUGCUUAUGGACAAUCUAGCUGUUUUCCCCCUUUGCUCUCCCGUAUUUAAAAACAACUUUAUUGUUUCUCAGUGUAAUUUUCAGCCCGUAGGCUAUGAUGUGGUGUGUGGUCUCGGGAGACUGAAUGUAAAAACAAGUUAACUUUUGAAAAGCAAGCGUACUCUGAUGGGAGUUCAUUUCCUAACGCACACGUUCUUGUUUUGAUCAUAUAUCAAGAUGGAUCCUUACCAAAAUCCCAGUUACGAGCACUGUAAAAACUUCAACCCGAAGUCCUCAAGCUUUGUAUCUUCUCCCUCUUCCCGGCUGCAGACGCUUCGGUCGGUGGCUGUGACCGCUGUGAACUGCUUUAGGGAUCUCUGCUCUUAUAGAGCGCUGUAGGAGCCGCUGCUGGGGACGGCGACGUGACGGCCUCAGCUCCUGGAGUGGCUGCCCCACGUGUUGGCCGGCAGAGCCGCGUGCCUCCGUGGGACUCCGCAGACCCGGCAGUGAAGUCUCAGUGUUUGUGUUCACGUGGUGGGCAGCAAGCGCUUCAGCCGCCAGCAGGCUGCAUGAACUCGUUUGUACUCUACUGAGAAUUUUCCACAAUGCUAACGUUUAUUUAAUUUAACAAUAAAAGGCAUGUGCCACUUACGAUGGUAAAGAAGAUCUUGCAGUCCUGCAAGAGAGGAGACUCUGGCUGACCCUCAGUUCACCUUGUUCUCAAACUUUGCUGGGAUUUAAAAAAAGCUGCACAUCUUACUCUUUCAUCAAAUAAAUUCAGGCAAGGACAAGAUAAGAAAAGUAAUUUUUCUCUCCCAUUUAGCUGUGUUUCUUUUAAAUUUGUGGGUUUCUCACACUUAGCUUCCUUGUGACUGCAAUGUCAUUUUAAUUGGCACUUAGUAAUUAUAAAAGAAGAAACAAAACUUACAUUUCUAAGUACAGUUUCUGCAAUGUACUUUUCUGAUUCAUUUAGGAUGCUACUUGGAGAAGUGAACAGGGUUUUACUGUGUCCCUGUCCAUCCCCACACUCACACCCCCAUCUCUGCAGAAGUAAUAUAUCCAUAUGAAUGAUGUUUUUUUUAAAAAAAAAAAAAAACAAAACAAAAACAAAAACAAAAACUUUCUCUGUGCCCUGAGUUAAGAACAUAUGAAAAUUGGGGACCACUGGAAAGAUUCCAAUGAGAGCACUCUUUAUUAUUCAUUUCUCCUUAGCUGAUGUGUAGCAGCCGUUCCCCUCGGGAAGCACCGCGGUACGUGUGUGACUGUCACUGGACCUUGCCCUGUUCCUCUCGCAGGGGAAGAUCCCAGCAGUGCGACCAGCGACCUUUCCUCUCAGGUUCUGAUGGACUUCUACCACCAAGGAAUCACUUGUUCUUUUGGGGAAAAAUAGAAUUAAACUUGUAAUUUUUUGCUCAGGCAGAACUUUCUGGCAUUUACUUUUAAGUAGAGCGUUUUUGGUUUUGUUUUCUUUUUGGUCAUGGAUGACCAAAGUCAAUCUGUGUCAAGAGCAGGAUCUCUGUAAAUUUACUUCAACUCAUUUGUAAUGCCUUAUUUUCUUUAUAUUUUUAUGCCUAGCAUUCAUAUUUCUAAGAAUAAGUGUCCAGCCACGCACAGCACAUUUGGAGGAGAUGCUCUUUUCUAUCUACAAGGUCUGAAGUAUGAAUGGAAAUAAGAGAUUAAAAAAAAAAAAAAAAAAAAAAAGACUUCAGGUUACUGUAACAGCAACUGUCUGUAUAUGAAUUACUGUGCUUAUCUCUAGCAUCCACAGCUCUGGGACAAUCGUACUGUCAAGGGGAAUAUGUUUAGCAGGAUAACCUGUAUAUUGAGCAACUCAACUGGAAUUUUGGUGUGCACUGUGAUUGACACUUACACUUACAGCAAGCAAUAUGGCAGGCUGAACAUCGUUCUUCCUCUUCCACGUGCUCUGGGUCUGGCCAGCCAGCAGAAAAUCCACACGCGCGCGCACACACACACACACACACACACACACACGGGAGAAUAAAAAAACAGAGAAAAGGAAACUUGUGGCUUGUCUGCUUCACUCCGGGAACAUACAAGGCUGAGAGAACAUUUGCCACAAGUGUUUUAUGACCAGUCGUUGCAGGAGAGGUGGGAAGGAGAAACUGGAAAUGUCGGCACCGCUCCCUGCACAGCCAGUGGGCAUCUUGUAGAAGAGACCAGUGUAGAGUGGACAAGUACGGCACAGUGGUUUGCUUGGGGAGGUAUCAAUGUUACUCCAUAUCUUCAUAUUCAGAAGAAAUAUUAGCUCUUCCAUGGAAAUUCUUUCAUGACUCUUUUAUGUAAUGUUUGUGUCAAAUAUAAAGAUAAGAAGUGUUUGAUAACUGGAAUAACGUAUGUCUGUUUGAUAGUGCUUUGUAUGAACAAAGAAUUCUUGUUCAUCAGAUGUUGGAUUGAAAUAAUCCAAAGCAAAACUUUUAAAAUAAAAUGCGAUUUUAGGUGAUCAAUCUUAAUAGUUUCUGAAGCUCUAACCUUUUAUGUUUUAUUUCCCUAGUUGGGAAUUGAGCAGUGUGCUUUAACAAUUGCUAAAUUUCUGCCUCUCUAAGGUAAUCCAAAGGCUCGCAGUUUAUAAUUUGUAAAUCUGUUACUCAUGUCAGAGCAGUGGGACAUGAUCAAACUCUCUCACUUUAUCUGUACUGGAUAUUUUGUUGCAAUGAAAGUGAUUAAAUAAUUAGAGUGCACUGUGACAGCAGAAAAAAAAUUUGUUGUAUAUGUAUGUAUUUUGAUACAUGUUCAAAAAGAGUCUUUGGGUUUCCUGUGAUGAAUACCUCAUAUGUUGGGUUUUGGGAGUUUUUGUCGAUUUUAUUUUAUUUUUUUUGUUUUGUUUUAAUUUUUUUUUUUUUUAAGGCAAGAUUGUUCUUGCACAAAAGUAGGUUAAGAUAACCGAGUUCUCAUAAAUUUAUUUACUGAAUCAAAACACUUCGGAGUUUGGCAAGAAAUUCCAUCUGUUACAGUUCGCCACCUUGCACGUGGUCCAGGGCGAGCAGUCGCUCGGCCGUUCGCCUGCGCGCUUGGGAGAGCUCUGGCAAUAUUAAGACAAAAAGAGGUCAGUGCAGAUGGAGUUUGCUGCCUUAUUUCCCUUCUUCUGUGUGUCAAAACCUCAAAUUUAUUUGAGCGUUGUGUAGGCUUGGGGCUUCGCUAAGCAGUUGAGAGAUGUUCUUCAGUAGAAAUAAAUGUCUCUAGUUAGCACUCGGGAUCCUUUGCGUGCACGUACCCCGCCAGGCUGGAAGCGCUUUGAGGGCCCCCCCCGAGGGGGGUUCUGCUCCCACCAGCGCCUCGUUUGCUGGUAAGGCAGCGGUAACGAUGGGCAGAUCUCCAUCGAGGCGUUUUACCCGACGGACUCGGUAAGGCGUGGAGCUGCCUGGCCCCUGUCCGGCGCGGGCUGGAGGGGAAGCGCGGGAGCCGGCUCUGCCCGUUACCCCUCCGAGGUCGGGCGCGGGGUUAGGGGGCCAGGGCAGGGUGCCUGCGCUUGGCAGGGUCAAGCCCUGACUGUAGAGGGGUGUGCUGCAAAGUAUAAAUACAUUUACUCACUGGCCUGUGAACUGCAAGCUAGGAAAACUGCUUUAAAAAAAAAAAAAAAAAAAAAAAAAAAGACAAAAAAAAACACUAAAACAGAAGCAUUUGGACACUCCCAUCACUAAUGAGCCUGUCCAGAACAGAAAAUGAGUUUAACAAGCUGGGGAUUUAUUUAUUUUGAGAUUUUCAGUUUUCACAAAAAUAAUGAGCCUUUUUGUGGGCUUCUCUGGCCUUGGCUAACAUCCCACCAGUGCAGUUACAGACAUUAAGCUGUUCCUUUAGCGGGCUGGUAGCACGAGAGGCCUUUGCAGAAGGGAACGAUGCUCUCGUGGGUGAGCGUCGUUCCCUGCACGAUGCUCCCACCCUCCGGCUCCGGGAAACCACCCAGCAAUUCCCGGCGCUCUGAACUUUGGGCUUUGAGCUUACAUAGCCCUUUCAAAAAUACCCUUCUCCCCGGAUCAGCUUUCUGCUUGUCUCUCUGUGUGUGUGACAACCUGGUACUUGAUUAAAAAACAAACAAAAAAAAAAAAAACCAACCCACAAAAAAAAAAACUUGACCCACUGCCUUGUGCCCAGUGGGGCCGGGCUGGGCGGGGGCUGCGUCCCGCGCAGGCAGCGGCGGUUUCGGUCGCUCCCCUCCGCUGACCGCCCCGCCAAAAGGCAGAUGAAUUAUUUUCCAGGCUUGGUUCUAGGAGUCUGUUCCGGUGGAUCUAGUAGACGCCAAAACAGCGAUUCAAGUUCUGGAAAAUGCAAGGUGGUUUUUGGGGGGUUCUUUGGUUGGUGUUCUGUUUUGGGAUUUUUUUUUUUUUUUUACCAGUUGUAUUUUGUGCUUCCUAGAACAUAGUUUGAGACAAGAGUGUUGUUUUUCAGUGAUGGGCCAAAAAGAGGUGAAGGUGGAGAGGGAGGGCAGCUCCCUACUGAACUAAUACUUGAUAUGCCAAGCUUCAUACAGGGUAAAUAUUUAGCAGUUUGCAAUGGAAAUAAUAGAUGGACCCUUCCUUUUAAAGGCACUGUAGUAACCUUAUUUCUGAAGCGGACUUCACCAGCCUUUCUCUCCAGGCAGAGUCCUGUAAUUUGAAUCACCGAAGUCCAAAUGGGAUUGGACUCGUGAGUGUGCCAAACUGCUGGAGCAAUACUUGUGAGCAGCAGGUACUUCAAAAGACCAGCUCGAUGUAGCCAAAAUAGGGCAAUUAUUGAAAAGCAUCUCUGAUGCGUUUUAAAGGAUCGCAGUGAUGUCAUGGUUCUGCUGUAAUGUAGGAAAGUUCGGUCGCAAAGUCUAGAAAUCUUUGUUUUCUCUGUUGGUCUGAAACCUCAGUCCUGCAAUAGUGGGCUUGGGCUCGUAUGGUGCGUUGGGUUUUGGGUUUUUAUUAACAGCAGUUGUUUAAUGGUGGGAUGGAAUGUUCUUGCUAAAACAGUUUCCAUUGUUUCAUGUCUUCUACACCAAUAUAUAUAUGGUGUAUAUAUUAAACUGUGUAAAAUUGUACUUUGUAUAUAUAACUCUGUACAAUAUGGAGGUACAUCCUUUUUUUUUUUCCUUUUGGUACAGUAUUGUACAGUAUUAGGAGUAUAUGUGUUGGAAAUGUUAAAUCCAUACUGGGGCAGCAAAAUGUAUCCAUUGUCAUUAGCAAUAGUUUUGGAGAAAUAAAUGUUUUGGGUAUGGUGGAAAUAA